AUGAAGAAGAUCAACAACGAAGUGCACAAGAAUUUGCUCUCCUCAGAAAUAGAAGUCCUAAAAUCGCUCAAGAACAGCGACAACAUCCUCGAGGUCUAUGACAUCUAUAACACCAAAAAUAACACAUACAUCAUCACCGAGCUCUGCGACGGCGGCGACCUCUCCAAGUUCAUCUCCGGAAAGCGGACGCUCGCCGAACCGGAAGCGGUCGCACUCAUGAACCAGGUGAUCAAUGGAUACAACAACAUGCAGACCCGCGGAAUAAUCCACCGCGACCUGAAGCCAGCCAACAUUUUCCUCAAGAACAGCGAAGUCAAAAUCGCAGACUUCGGCUUCGCGAUGAAGCACACUGACUGCAGGAAAUACUCGUCCUACAACGUGGGAUCGCCCGUCUACAUGCCUCCCGAAGCACUCAACGAAAACAAGUACAGCUUCAAGAGCGACAUCUGGGCGCUCGGAGUCAUCUACUACGAGAUGCUGACUGGCAAAACGCCAUGGAGGGCAAAGACUGAGAAGGAAUUGGCCAGUGGACAUCAACGAACGCAUGAGCCGGAAGAGGUGCAGCGGUUCACGCUCAACUGCGAUAAGGUGAGCGUGGGGAGGGGGCUCUACUCGACGGAAAACUCCAUCUUCGACGGCAAGAACAACCACAUCCGCAGGGGAGGAGAGCGCCAGCACGAGACCUCCCUCAACAAGAACUCCAUCACCAACACCGCCAACUUCAAGAAGCUCGCCCUCCUGCAGACCAACGAGGACUUCAAGAUGAACAAGUUCACCCUACCCAAGACUGCCGCCACCGUCACCAGCAACAAGACCGACCACUACAUCCCGCCGCCCCACUCCAACAAGACCAUCAACGACCUGCCCCUCACGCAGAAGGACAUCUCCCACCCGCUCAGGGAGGCCUCCUGCCUGCCUCCGCCCGAGCCGGCCUACGACCGCAAGUUGCUGGCCAAGCAGCUGCUGAGCCAGAUCCACCUCUGCAGGUUCAUGUACAAGCUGAUCAUGCGCAUGGGCGACCGCCUCUCCCAGCAGCGCAACGACGAGCUGGCCGCCCUCAAGGACUCGCUGACCGGCGCCAUCUUCGAGAAACUGGCAGAGGUCGAGGAACUGAAGCUGCUGCCCGCCAAACUGGCUGCCGACUUCAAGGACUCGCCCGACUUCGCCAAAAUCGCGCAAAUCAUCCAGCAGUAUCUGGCCAAGUACAGGAAGGACCUGGCGGGGUUCGCGGAGGCGAGGGCGUCGGUGGCGCGCUGA